GGAAACGUUACCAAUAUGGUUGGCUUGUUAAUGUUAAAAAUGAACAUUAACAGAUGUUAAUAAAUUUUCCUGUGUACUAAGAACAGUUUAAUGGCACUUUUUAUGUACCAAAAUACCAGGUGUUUGUUGCCAUUCUUAAAAGGGAUUGCUGCAGGAAGGCAACCAGUCGGAAUUUCAUUAAGGACUUUCAGAAACCUUUCAAGUUUCUUGAAGAAGAGACGUCCGAGUCGCCUACCAAUUUACUUAAGUGCACUUGGAGUAGCUGUUGGAUUUGGGAUACUAGCAACGUACAGGCCUACAGAAUCGAUGGAAUACAGCGUAGUGAAUAAAGUCAUUCCUUGUGUUAAGGCCAUUGUGCCAGAGGAUGACGAGAAUGACGAUGAAAUAGAUAAAACUAAUUUGAAAAAACGGAACAAGCUCUCAGCACAGUUUAAUUUCAUUGCUGAUGCCGUCGAAAGUGCCACACCAGCUGUUGUAUAUAUUCAGGUCAUUUCAAACAAGUACAAAGGGAGAUUUCUUGGUAAAGUUGGUCCAGUCAGCAGUGGCUCAGGAUUUGUUGUCACAAGAGAUGGGAUGAUUUUGACCAAUGCCCAUGUUGUUGCUGAUGCCAUGACAGUGGAGGUAAAAAUGCCAGAUGGAAGGAAAUUUGAAGGGGUUGUCAUUGAUAUCGACCCAGUCACUGAUCUAGCAGCAGUGCAGCUUGUCAAUGCAGAAAAUAUUAAGUUCCCUUGCUUACAACUUGGAAACUCUUCAAGGCUUAGAGCUGGUGAAUGGGUGGCUGCACUGGGAAGCCCAUUAACACUCAGCAACACGAUCACUGCAGGCAUUGUCAGCUCUUUGCACAGAGGUGGUGAAGAACUUGGCCUUCGUAACAGGGAAAUGAAAUACAUCCAAACGGAUGCAGCAAUUAAUGUUGGCAAUUCAGGUGGCCCUUUGGUUAAUCUGGAUGGUGAGGUAGUUGGCAUCAACUGUAUAACGGUAAUGGCAGCAUCUGGUAUUUCAUUCGCAAUACCGUCAGACACUGCAAGAGAGUUCUUAAGGCGUGCCAAAGAGCGUGUCAAGACUUUAAAAGGAUCAGGGGGGUUGACGGCACCGAAAAUUAAACCAAGAGAAAGGUUCUAUAUAGGCAUAUCAAUGCUGACGCUGACACCAGCUAUAGCAGAGGAAUUACGGCAACGCAGCUCAAGGUACUCAAAUGUUGAAGGCGGAGUAUUCAUUGCAAGCGUCGCGAGAGGAUCGCCGGCAGAUAGAGCUGGUUUACGAACUGGUGACGUCAUUGUGUCGAUGAAAGGCAAGACGCUGCAGAAUUCGCAGGAAAUCUACGAUGCCGUAAACAAUGGAGAAAAAUUUGAACUUGAAAUUUUAAGAGGAUCCUCCACGUUUAAAAUUCAUGUCAAGCCUGAAGUUGCUGGGAAGCUUUAAAGGAUGUCUGUAAAUGUAUUUUGAUAAAUUGAAGUUUAGAUUAUUUGCUAAAUUGUUGAUGAGAGCCAAA